AAUCAUGGCUGCUCUGAUACAGGAUAUCAGAAAGGUACAAUCAUGAAUCGUUUCAUCUUCUGACUUCCUGGAAAAGACUCUUUUUAGCCAAGCCUGAAGGUUUUCCCAGGCCUGUCUUAUCUACAACCAGAAGCCUGAUUGGGUCACAUGACUGUAAUUUUUCCCACCUGAGGAGGAGGGCGUGGCUGUGUCACAGAUGAGGCUGAAACUCAUAUCCCCUUAAAGAGUCAGCCGCCUUGUGACAAUAAAGAAGGCACUAGAGGAAUUCUGCUCUACCUCCUCCAAAUGACACUUUCACAAGCACCACCAGACCCCGGGGCCACUACCAGCAAAGAUAACCAGGACAGCUUCAACUUAACUGCCAGAGAAGCUCUUAUGACAUUGGGAAAUCAUGUCUGAGGUCCAGGCAGCCAGAAAAGCCUGGAAUUCCCCUUCUAAAUUUCUGCAUAAGCAUGCAUAUCCUUUCUGGGAAAUAUACUGAGAUCUGCAAGAAUUCCUUUAGGAAAAACAGUUCUGACUGACAUCAAGCAUCUGGGAACAAAUAAAUCAGCCCCUAAGGGAGAUGAGUAAAAUAAACAGUGAAAUAUCAUGUAUUUCAAUACUAUAUUUUUCACUCCAUGCAUCUGAUGAAGUGGGUUUUAGCCCACGAAAGCUUAUGCCCAAAUUAAUUGGUUAGUUACUAAGGUGCCACAAGGACUCCUCGUUGUUUUUGCUGAUACAGACUAACACGGCUACCCCUCUGAAAUGUGAAAUUUGUGCCUCUGAGGCUCCGAAGCUGCCCUGGGAGGAGGGACCCAGCGCCGCAUCCCCGGACAAUGCCCGAUCUCCUCAGCCCGCUGCUGGCCGCGCUGUGCCUUCUCCUGGCCGGGUGGCUGCUGCGGAACCUGCGCUGCCCCGCGGCCGGGCCGGGCGGCAGCGGCCGCUACUCGGCGCCGGGGCGCUGCUUCCCGCUGAAGAAAUGGGCCAUGUGGGGGCUUCUCUCCCUCGCGUUCCGCCAGCGUCGGAGAGCGAGCGGCGCCGCCCGGCGGGCGCAGACGGACACAGGAGCCGGCAAGGAGGCGCUGUUCUCGGCUGCCCCGGGCGGGCAGCCCGGCCGCGGGGCGGAGGAGCGGGAGCGGCUGCAGCGACUGCUCUGCGAUGCCCAUGCCCUGGAUUCAGUUUACUUCACUGGGUUUACAGAAACCGACAAGACUUUUGUGAUCACUCGUCUCGCAAGACGUCCGAAUGGGCUCUGUGAAAUGUGGCUCUUCCUCCGCGUGGAUGGAAUUGGAGAGUUUGAACACCCAGUACAUCCGGACAUGAUGGUGAGUGAUGAAUCUGAAAAAUGCUGGCGUGGCGGAGGGCUGAUGAUUGAGUGCUUACAGCCACACAGAUGCUGGAAAAUAAAAUUCAAUGGACGACUCAGAAAAGGACCCUAUCGGCAUCAGUGGAAGGAAGAGGAGGGCGAACUUGUCCACGUUAAAUUCUCUUUCCACUGGACUUCCUUAACAGAUAUAUUUGACUUUAACCUUGACAGUCACCCGAAAGUGUUUGCACAUGCCAUUGCUUUGGAAAAGUGGAGUGCAGAGUUCUUCCGGAGAAUCAAAGAAAAUGGGGAACAACAUUCUCGUUAUGAACAGUGGGGCCAGUCUAUAGGAGAAAUUGAAAUUGAAGGUCAUGGGAAGAAAGAGGUCUCUCUGAGAGGCGUUCGGAGCCACUCGUAUGGCAUCCGAAACUGGGCUGAGAUUUACCGAUACAUCAUGAUUUUGAUGCAUUGUGAGGAUGGGACGUCAGCGCACUUAACUAUUAUUUGUGUACCAGCAACUACAACACAUCUCGCUGUAGGUUAUGUUCUUUUCCCCGAUGGGAAGAAGGCUGGUAUUGAUUGGUCCAGUGCCUCCCUGGCUGAAAUGGCGGAUGAUGGUUUUAUCAGAGAUUUAUACCAAGUCAGUUUCACUGCAGGUGGCCAGUUCUUUGAGGUUUGUGCUAUGCUGGACAAGCAGGCUCGCCCUGUGGUAUAUAAUGGUUUAACCGGAACAGGCGUAUUCCAUGAGUGCAUUGCUGAUUUCCAACUGAAUCGGACAGUCCCAGGCUGGGGCUUGGUUGAAUUUUAUUACAGAGAUGCUACUGGGCAGCUUAUUCCUAAUUCUGGCUCUAGGCUGAAGGAGCCAUCCGUUCCUGCCAGCUCCAAAUUCACUGAAGAGCACUCUCAAUGUACCGGGGACGCGGAGGGCAAAGGAGACCACAGCUAGAUCAGCUCACAUAGUUAAAGAAGCAGCUCAGGAACAAGGUGGACCCCAUCUCUGCUUAGAAGUCCUUCUUCCUAGAACAGCAUCCCGUGGUCAAGGAAGCCGAAGUUCUCCUGGUGACACCGUCCUCGCAGCCAGGCAUUCACCUCCAGAAUGCAUCUGUCUCUGCCUGGGCCCCUACCCUUGACCAGAAGGACUGAAGAGAAAACCACCUGCACUCCUAACUCCUUCACCCUUACUCCCAGAGCCCUGUAGUCACUUCUGAUCUGUUGAGGGUCAUACCUCGCAGUAUCAUUAGUGCCCACAUGGAUGAGUUGCAUGGGGUAGUAGUCGGAAGACCAGAUGAUCCUUGACAAUCCCUCCAACAAUAUCCUUGAUUUCUUUGUCUCUAGAAGUCACUACAAAAUGGUCACAGAACAUUUUGUGGUAAACUACCCAGAUUUGUUAGUCUGUCUACAAUUGUACCUGAAGCAGAACCAAAAAAAA